UCCCUCCCACUCCAGUUAUUUGUGUUCAUAUAUAAAUCAAACGUGCGUAGUUUUUAUCAUUUCCUUGUUCAGAGAGCUGGCAGUAGCUCUUCAGACUUGAUACAGCCUCUCUUCAUCUUCAUCUGACAGACUUGUUCUUGUAAAACAUCUGCAGAAAUGGCAAAUUUUGUCCAGCUGGUGGGAGUGUUGAGCCUGUGUGUGCUGGCUGUAGCAGUCUACGCUCAGGACAACAGCAAUGCAUCUCCUCCUAGCAUUGGAAAUGAGAUCUGCACAUUCUACACUCAGGGUGGGACCCUCCUUCUGGACGGGCCAAAGGUUUUUGAAAUGAUGCUGAUCGAGUUUGGACGGGCAAUCCAGACCUUGACCCCAAUGGUGACUCAGCAAUGGAUUGAUGAUGUAGAUGAGGAUCAUGACAAACGUCUCAACCUGGCAGAGUGCGCCAAACUCGUCCAGAGAGUCUCUGACUCCAUUCAGAGGCCUCCUCCGCAGUAAACAAGACCUAUCAAAUGAUAAAAGUUGCUUAAACAUGUACGGAAGUAUAUGCAACAAUAAAAAAUAAGAUCUCACUUUAUUUAGUAUGUAGGGCAAUAGCUUCAUCUCAUGUAGGCUAAUCUUUAAUAAACAACAUUGUGACGUAACAUUUAAAUACAUUUAUUGUCUGAGGAAUAACUUUAAAACCAGGAAUGAAUGUAUCUUUGGAAAAUGAAGAAAUAAAAUCUGGUCAAAAACA